GAUGUUACCAUAAUUUCUUGAUGAAAUGUCAGGGGUUCUUAAAACAGCUGGAAUUAACUGUGGCACAGAUAUAUCAGGCUCUGGAUACACGCACAACACAUGUUGGUAGGAUACAUUCAUUGUUGGUUCUGGCCUUUUCAUGGGAUAUGCUAACAAUAAGAAAAACGUAGAAUCCCCCACUCUAAUCCUUUUAGUCUAGUUAACGAUAAAUGGUGUCUUGCCUCUUCCCGUAUCUUUUCUUUCUACAUGUGUGAAUGUACUAGAGCCUAAAGGCUUAGGAUAACCAGAGGAACAAUCUGCUCAAAACAUGGCACAUUCCUUCGAAAACCUGGUUGAACUACAGACAUUGAAUUGUCCUGAGGUGAACUGUGUGUUUGGUUUCUGCAGCCUUUUGUUGACAUGGAGAGAUGUGCAACAUCUUCUGGUGAAGACGUCCAGACCAGUCCACCUGAAAGCUGAUGACUGGAAGACCAACGCUGCAGGACUCAAAGUGAGCCACCUCUAUGGUUUUGGCCUGGUGGAUGCAGAGGCCAUGGUAGUGGAGGCCUCCAAGUGGAGGACUGUUCCUCCUCAGCACACCUGCAGUCGGGUUUCUGAGCGGCGUACCAGGUGAGGGAAACUGCAGGCAGGUGC